AUGCAAGUCACCUUCGCCCUGUCAAAUUUGACAGGACGAGGAAAGACUUGGGCCUUAGGGCUCAAGCUUCACAACCCGAACGUGUUUGAGUCGUUAGAGUUCUUGAGGUCUCGGCUCAAAGAGACGUUUGAGCCGCCGAGAGCUGAGUUCAGAGCACGCUCUGCACUCUUGAGGCUCAAACAAGAUAAGUGUGGCGUGCACGCUUACGCACAACACCUACGCUACAUUAAGAGUAGCGUCACGGAAAACCCUGUUGAUGAGCACACGCUCAUCAACGCGUUCAUCUACGGUCUUGUAGAUGGGUCAGUGAAGACCUACAUGUUCCGAGAGGACUUUCAUACGCUGGAAAAGGUGAUAGCGUAUGCGGAACAAGAAAAAUUCAUCCUGAGACAGUCUAAGGCUAACUCGUCAAACUAUCGUCCGAAGAGGCGACAGGAAACAGGAGGUCCCGAGCCCAUGGACCUCUGUUAUAUCGAGAGCGAGAACUCUCGCUCUCUGAGUCACAAGCGAACGGCACGAUGCCAUUGCUGUCAGAAGAUUGGACACUACGCUCAUGAUUGUAGUGUCCCAAGCACCGCAUCACGUCGAAAGACAGGACGUGACGACCGCCUUUGGCCGAGGAAAGGUCCAAGGUGCGGGUCCGACGUGCUGUCGCUAAACCGCGGCAGCAAGUCGGACCGCCAAACAACGGCCAGGGUCAGUUGGGGCGGAGCACACUGCUGA